AUGGAUCUUCCAGUAGUGGGUGAUUCAGACGAUGAUGAAAUGGUCUCCCACGGACUAGCGCAAAUGAGGAGUAUAUUGGAAGAGGCGAUUUUGGAAACGCGCAGCAUGCCUCUCGAAAAUCGACCGCGACUUCCCCGCAUACCCCUAAGCAAGCGAAAUCGGGCUGUCGUGAGGGCUCUUAACCCAAUGCUGGUAACCUAUUUUGAAGCCAGCCGGGACCUUUGCGAGACGGACUCAGUUCUUUUUGGCGCCGCAGUGGCAGCUUGCCGUAUUAUUGGCGCCAAACUUCCCAUGGCUGGACGCGCUACUAAACAAAGUAGCGCCAUCCCAACCUGGAGAAAAAGAAUUGAGGACCGUAUCGCAAAGGUAAGGGCCCUUAUCAGAAGACUGAUAAGCUUCAGGUCGGGUAAUAAUAGACCGAGGGUUGUGCGCACCGUUAGAAUGGCGUUUGCUGGGACAAAUAUCAGUUUGUCCCAGCCGGAUAUCACGCAGAAACUAACGGAGCGCAUAGACGACCUGAAGCAAAAGAUUGCCUCUUGGGGGAAGCGGAUUCGUCGAUUUACCGAGAGGUCAAGGCGGUUCAACCAGAAUCGUCUCUUCCAGAGUGAUCAGAAGAGGCUCUACAAAUCAUUGGAGCGACCAGAGGUAUGUGGAGCGGGCCCAGGACCGGAUCAGGCUAACACUGUCGCAUUUUGGCGUGGCCUGUGGUCAGAGCCCGUAAACCACAGCGAGGGCCCUUGGACAGAAGUUGUGGCGAGUCAGUGUGCGAGUAUUACGCCCAUGGACCCCGUCAUCAUAACGCCGGAUGACGUAGCUGAGGCGGUCCGUAGAGCCCCGAACUGGAAAUGUCCGGGACUCGACGGACUGCAUCACUACUGGCUGAAGGGGUUCAUGGUGUGUCACGCUGUGCUCGCCCGUCAGUUUCAAGAGGCUCUCAACCAGAAGUCGCUCCCUAGCCUCUUCACUACUGGGAUCACUCAUUUGGUUCCUAAAGACCAGGCACAACCUAGUAGCCAGAAGUUCCAGCCGGAUAUCACGCAAAAACUAACGGAGCGCAUAGAUGACCUGAAGCAAAAAAUCGCUGCUUGGGGGAAGCGGAUUCGACGAUUUAGCGAGAGGUCAAGGCGGUUCAACCAGAAUCGUCUCUUCCAGAGUGAUCAGAAGAGGCUCUAUAAAUCAUUGGAGCGACCAGAGGUAUGUGGAGCGGGCCCAGGACCGGAUCAGGCUGACACUGUCGCAUUUUGGCGUGGCCUGUGGUCAGAGCCCGUAAACCACAGCGAGGGCCCUUGGAUGGAAGUUGUGGCGAGCCAGAGUGCAAGUGUUACGCCUAUGGACCCCGUCACCAUAAGGACUGAAGACGUGGCUGAGGCGGUCCGUAGGGCCCCGAACUGGAAAUGUCCGGGGCUCGACGGGCUGCAUCAUUACUGGCUGAAGGGGUUCGUAGUGUGUCACGCUGUGCUCGCCCGACAGUUUCAAGAGGCUCUCGAUCAAAUACCGCCCCAUCACGUGUCUACCCACUAUAUAUAA